AUGAGUUUUGAUAAUCACUCUCGACCAACUCUGAAAGCAUUGUACUCAGGUAUUGCGGACGUGAUUUCCAUCCUCACAAGUUGCUUCCACCGUCUCAACCGUCAACUUUCCUUGGGUCCAGAGUACAGGCUGGUUGUCUCAAUUGCUGUAGUUCUCAGUGGGACCACCUUUCUCACUCACAUGAUCGGAAAUAUGAUCAUCACUAUCAACCGCUAUUCUGCACUUUGCCUCGCCAAGAGGUAUAAUGAGGUUUGGACUCGAAGAAACGUGUGGAUUAUGAUUAUUGCACAGUAUACUGUGUCUUUCGCUGCUUUCAGCCACCUUAUUGGAGUGGAAUUACUGUAUAAAGAGGGGGAUGAUGGUCGCCUCAUAUAUGCUGGCUUAGAAUCUAGCGUCAGCUGGGUAAGAGUUGUUUUUGAUCAGUGA